UCGUACGCGUGACCUCCAUCCCGGAAGUGAGCCUGUAGCCCGCGGACCCCACGAGCCGCCGCCGCUGGCCCGCGCUUGCCCCGGCUCCUGCUCCGCCGCGUCCGGUCCCGCUGCCCCACGGAGCCCCCUGGCCGGGGCACCGCUUCCGUUAUGUGAAGGCGGCGGCCCCAGGCUGGGCGGGGGAGAGCGGCCCGUCCAGGCUGCAGUGUACAGUAAAAUGGAGCCCACAGCCUCCGGUGUGUUUUGCAGCAGGGUGCUAAGUAUGGUGAACUCUGAAGACGUGAACGCCAUCAUUUUGGCUCAGAAGAAUAUGCUCGAUAGAUUUGAGAAAACCAACGAGAUGCUGCUCAACUUCAAUAAUCUAUCCAACGUACGCAUGCAGCAGAUGAAUGAGAGGUUCCUGCAUCACACUAGGACGCUGGUGGAAAUGAAGAAAGAUCUAGAUAGUAUAUUCCGAAGAAUCAGGACCCUGAAAGGGAAGCUGGCCAAACAGUACCCAGAAGCGUUCAGCAAUAUUCAUGAAUCUCCAAUUCUAGAAGACGACGAUGAUUUUGACCCUAUUCCAAAAAGCACGGCGACCACCAUUGCUACCUCUGAGCAGAGCACCGAGUCUUGUGACACAAGCCCUGACAUUAUUUCUCCAACCAUGAGUCAGGAUUUUGAGGAUUUAUCACAAGGCCGGUAUGAUUCUCCAGCUGUUAAUGGACAGAGUCUAACAGAUGAUGAAAUGGCCAAUGAGCUGGACUAACACCUACUAAAAACUAAGGCAUCAGCUGAAUCAGCUGCGUGGACUACGGAGCGCAACCAGAGAACUUCCUGUCCUGUAUUUAUAGUUCGGUGUUUCCUUGGCCGUUCACUCUUUUGUGGGGAGAGGGAAAGUGAAGGCUGAGUGGAGAGGGGCCCAUCACAUGGUAUUUAAAACUGCCAUCAUAAUGCAAACAUCAAGUCUGGAUAUGGCAAACAUGCAAAAUGUAUGGAUUGAAAUGAUUGUUGUCUGUUCUUGUUUGUGUGCCCAGGGGAGAGCAGUAAACCCGAAGUUCAGCUUGGAUCAUUAGUUUCUGGACAAACCGAGAUCUUCUCAGAAGAGAACUCUAACUGCUUUUCUUUAUCCUUUUCUUAAAUCAUUUACUUUGGUUUACACAGAAAUCUUGAGGCUCUGUCAUUCACAGUGCAUGCAAACCCAAACUAUAGCCUCCUCGCCGGCAUGGUACAAAUAUCUCUCAGCUGUGGCUUGCCGGAGCUUGUACUUGCCAAGCAACAGCAGCUUGCUUUUGGGGGGUCUUCUCUGCCUUCUGAGAGUCCUGCCUGCACUACAGGGCCCUGUCGCUAAUUAAUAUAAACUAAUGAUUUCUCUAACACCUACAGAACGUCUUUUCCCACACAGUGGCAAGAACCCGAAGUCCUCUUUCCUUAAGUGCUCAGCUGUUCUGUGCCGCAGCUUGGAUUUUCAUGAGGGAAUCUUUCAUAACUGCACUUCCAUUGCUUAAUGGAGAUCUUUGAAUGGAACAGUUUGACAACUGCUAUGGCUGUACCUUGCUCUCUAUAGUGUUCAUCAUAUGUUAAAUUAUCAGAUAGUUUCUUUGGGUAAAACCUUUCAUUUUUUCAAACAGUGAUAAAGAAAGACGCUGUACUGAAAUGUCUGCUUCUUGUCUGUUUUCACCUGACUUUGCCAAUGUCUGUGUUAAUGUAUUGCUGAGAGCCAGGGUGGAAAUAACUAACCCUGUUGUAAACCUAGGAGGGAGGGGAAAGUUGCCCUCUAAUGCUCAGUGGUUGUGAUCAGCAUAUCUCCAGAAAGAAUAGAGUGAAAAGAAAAUAUUUUUGUAUUACAUGUUUACAAAUGCUAGAAGAAAAUAACCACUAGAGACUCCAUUAAUAAAACAUCCAUCCAAACCA